UGUGUGUGUGUUUUGCCAGCUGGUCUAAAGUACCCCAGCAAACACUUGUCUUUCUCAUUGCAUUGACACUGAAAGUACUAAAGGAAAUUGUUUUGCAACAAGUGAAAUGUACAUAAACACCAGACCAUACUGACUGACAAGACAGUUAUAUCACAUGUGUUAGUGCUACUCUUACAUUGACAAAAAAUCUAAAAUUUCUAGAUUUACUUUUUUUUUCAAUUUAUUUUUUUAAAUUGACAUGUUGUGCACUUCAAGAGUUUGAAUGCAGUUAAUCGUAACUGAAGUUUAGAUAUUGUGCGUAGUAAAAAAAUUAAAAUAAGACUGUUUUUUUUUUUACAUUAUUAUUGAUUUCUUUCUUUUAAAUGGAUUUUGGGAUGUUUUUCUUUGAUAGAAUAUCAUGUUGUGUGUUCAAUGUGUGUUUUGACUUCCAUCCAUCCACUCAGGUGGUGGGCAGGCGUUUGUUUUCGCGUAGAGGAAGUUUGGCUUUUGUCAGACGGUCCCUUGGCCGCAGGCACCUGCGUGGCAAAGCGCAGCCGCUCAGUCCGCGUGGACGCUUUCCACGGUGGGCGCCCGCAGAUUGCCGUGCCCCCGGCGCGAAGCUCGUACACCGCUUGUACCGCUUCACGUUGCGCCAUCGGUGUCUUCGAUGGCGCUUGAGCAGCCUCCAUCUUCUCCGCGACAACCCCACGAAGAGGCAGAUGACCGGCGUGUCGGGCUCUCGCAGGAACAGAGGAGUUGGCAGUAAAUGAGAGGCCAUCAUCAUCACAAUGCGCCCGGGGAAGUAUGGGAUGCAGGAGGACUGGGAGCGGGAGGGCAACCAAAGCAUCAGGAUGGACUUCCUGUUGCCCACUGGCAUCUACCUCACAUUCCCAGUGUCUCACAAGGACACCAUCAAGAGCAUCAAAAUGAUGGUUUGGGAAAAUGCCAGAAAAGAGGCGCUAUUCACAGCGUUGGGUCAUCCAGACGCGUACGUCUUUACCUGCAUCAAGCAGACGGGCGAGAGGGAGGAGCUGGAGGAGGAGUUGAGGCGUAUCAGUGACGUGCAGCCUUUCAUGGGGGUUUUGAAACUGGUGCCCAGGGAGGGUGACCGUGUCGAGAAACUCACCAACAGCCAAAUCAGCUUUUUGAUUGGCAAAGGUCUGCAUGAGUUUGAGGCCCAGAAGAACGAUGAAGUGAGCGAGUUUCGGACCAAGAUACGAGCGUUCUGUGAGGAGAAGGCUCAGCGCCGGCAAGUGUCACCUUGGCAACAGUGGAUCGGAUACAUGUUCCCAUGUGACCUGGAGCCGUGCUGCUCUCUGUCCAUGUGUGGCAAGUCACAAAACACCAAGAUCUUCAUCAACAUCAAGUUUGAAGCUUCUGAUGAAAGCUUCAUGGUGCAGCAGGAGCCAAAAGACCAGCCGCUGGCCCUGAUGAGGAGCGCCCUGAAGAAGAAGGCCACCGUCUUCCGCUCGCUGCGGCAAGAACCGGAGGAUUACACCUUACAGGUCAACGGCAGAUGGGAGUUCAUCUAUGGGAGACACCCCCUGUGCCAGUUUAAAUACAUUUUCUCCUGUUUGAGAACUGGCCAAAAUCCUCACCUCACCAUGGUGCACCACUCCACCAUCCGCAAGCAUCAAGAGGAGCACGAGCUUUUGUGUAGUCACGUGUGCAAGAGCCGUUCCCUCUCCAGACCUCCUCCUCUGCCUCUCAAGAAGCAGAACACCUCGUCUUUGUGGUCCAUCCAUGAGCCUUUUUACAUCCACCUGCUGCAAGGAAGCCGAGUCAAUGCAGAUGAAGGAAUGAAGCUUGUGGUGCAGGCUGGCCUCUUCCAUGGCACUGAGCUGCUCUGUAAGGUGGUGACCAGCUCUGAGGUGGCGGUGUGCUCCGAGCCGCUUUGGGACCAAAAGGUGGAGUUCGAUAUCAGCGUGGCUGACCUGCCUCGCAUGAGUCGCCUGUGCUUUGCUCUCUAUGCUGUCUUCGACAAGGUCAAAAAGCCCCGAGGCACCAAAAAGAAGAAUAAGAAAGCAGAUUGUCCAAUAGCCUGGGGGAACAUCAUGGUGUUUGACUACAAGGACCAGCUAAAGACUGGCGAGUUUCUCUUGUCCACAUGGCCAUCUGUUCCUGAUGACAAAAGUGACCUCUUGAACCCAAUGGGAACGGUUGAGAAGAAUCCCAAUGUUGACAGCGCAGCUGGACUUCUCAUUCGCUUCCCGAACAUCCUGCCCCAUCCUCUCUAUUAUCCUUCGCUUGACAAGAUAGGUGCAAUGGAAACCAAUGGUGAUGCAGCUGUUGCAACAAAAGAAGAGAACAUGAAGCUGAAAGAAAUAAUGGACAACAAAAACUACACAGAGUUCUUUGAGGAUGAGAAGGAGCUGUUGUGGAAACUUCGCAGAGAAGUCCGGGACCGUUAUCCCGAAAGUCUUUCCAAGCUGCUCCUCAUCACCAAGUGGAAUAAGAGAGAGGAUGUCGUCCAAAUGGUGAGCCUUUUGAGGAACUGGCCCGAACUCCCUGCUAUCUCAGCCUUGGAGCUCUUAGAUUACAGUUUUCCAGACCCAGCAGUUCGUUCCUUCACCAUCAGAUGCCUCAAAAAUCUUAGUGAUGAUGAACUACUGCAGUAUUUAAUCCAACUGGUCCAGGUCCUCAAAUAUGAGUCCUAUCUCGACUGUGACCUCACAACGUUCCUGCUCGAGAGAGCCAUAUUCAACAGAAGGAUAGGACACUAUCUCUUCUGGCAUCUCAGGUCAGAGAUCCACGUCCCGUCUGUCAGCUUAAGGUUUGGCCUUAUUCUUGAGGCCUAUUGCAGGGGUAACAUCUACCACAUCAAACUCUUAACAAAACAGAAUGAGGCUCAAGGCAAAAUGAAGGUACUCAGUGACUUUGUCAAAUCAGGCCCCAAUAAGAUGAAUGCUGAGGACCUGAAGCUCUGCAUCAGACAAGAGUCGGACGCUUUGUCCAACCUGCUGUCACCACUCAACCCCAGCGUCAUCCUCACUGAAAUCUGUGCUGACAAGUGCAGAUUCAUGGACUCGAAGAUGAAACCACUCUGGUUGAUGUAUAAGAGUCCUUGGACUCACGGAGACAUGGUGGGCAUCAUUUUCAAGAAUGGGGAUGAUCUUCGACAAGACAUGUUGACCCUCCAGAUGAUCCAGCUCAUGGAGAAUUUGUGGAAAAAAGAAGGACUGGAUCUCAGAAUGAUCCCAUAUGGCUGCUUGUCCACUGGGAACAAGAUGGGUUUCAUUGAGGUGGUGAAGAACUCGGACACCAUUGCCAAUAUCCAGAGAAAUAACAGCAACAGUGCUGCCACUGCUGCCUUUAAUAAAGAUGCCCUACUGAACUGGCUCAAAUCAAAGAAUCCAGAAGACAAACUUGAACAAGCAGUAGAGGAGUUCACGCUGUCUUGUGCUGGCUACUGUGUAGCUACUUACAUCUUGGGCAUUGGAGACCGUCACAAUGAUAAUAUUAUGAUCAGGGAAACUGGACAGCUAUUUCACAUUGACUUUGGACAUUUCCUGGGCAACUUCAAGCGCAAACUGGGGAUCAACAGAGAACGUGUACCUUUUAUUUUGACAUACGACUUCGUCCAUGUGAUCCAGCAAGGACGGACCAAUAACAGUGAAAAGUUUGAGAGGUUCAGGGAAUACUGUGAGCAGGCAUACAAGAUCCUGUGUCGGAACGGGACACUUUUUGUCAACCUCUUUGCGAUGAUGAAGGCAGCUGGGCUGCCUGAACUCUCUUCGUUCAAGGAUAUUCAGUACCUGAAGGACUCGUUAUCUUUGGGGAAAUCAGAGGAAGAGGCACUGAAAAAUUUCAAAGUAAAAUUCAACGAGGCUCUGCGAGAGAGCUGGAAGACGAAGGUCAACUGGAUGAUGCACUCUCUGGCCAAAGAUAACAGACCAUAAAGGAUACUAAGCAGAACUACAUUUUAUAGUGUGAUGGACAGAAAAGACAAAAAGAAGGCAAUCGGACAUCUGGUCCCACGAAUGGCAUUCGAUGAGUGUUUACAAGUGAUUGCCUCAUUAUUAAGGAGUAAUGGGCAACCAAAGACAAUGGAACAAUUAUGGAGGCGCAGACCAGUGUUAGUAUGAAAUAUAAAUUCACCACAAUAUUGCACUAUGCAACAAAAAAUCAACAGAAUGACAGUCAUGGAAAACAAUAAUUGGUCGGAUACUGUAUGAUUUCGUUGUGUUUUAUCUAAUGUCUAAUAUUGUACUGUACAAGAAUGUUUUUUUAAUUGUUGCUUUUGCUGGGCCAGUACUUGGGACGAAUUGUUAAACUGAGUCAUCCAGGACUGACUGUGUUGCACUAUAAAAAAAAUCCAAAAUGUGUUUUUUAUUAGGAUCAUUACAUUUAUUUUUCAUUCUUAGGUGCUUAGGACAGAUGUUUGAUUCCCAGUUGGAAAUGAGAUAACACGUGUUUGAGUGCACGGCAAAUGAACACUUUACUCUGACAUGUCAUCUCAUCAAAUGUAGAAGUUUGAACGCAAUGAGUAAAUGUUUAAUACUGUACACGGCAUUAUUCCCUAUCUGUUCGAUUGUGAAUUUCUUGUUUUGUGAAAGCACAGUCUCGUUUUGAUUGUAUUUUUAAGACAGAUGUGCUUGAUGGCAUUCCAGAGAUGAGGGGCCCUAUUUUUGUGACUGAUGUAUACCUGACACUCUGGGUGGUGCAACUCUGUACCAGGGUCAGGUUAGACUGGUGUUGUGAAUUUAGUAGACCAGCGCACCCCCACGGAUCCAUAAAUGGGCUGGCUGGGCCACUGUGGGUUUGUCUACAGCCAACAUCAUUCGCUACCAAUCAGAAAGACUCCUCUUAUUCCCUUUCAAUGUGGCCCAGUGACAGUCUCACAUGGAGACAUCAGUGAGUGGAAGAAGAUAAAGUAUAAUCACAGCUAUCUCUCCAUGAUUGGAGCAUUGUCACUGACUUUGGCCAGUGUCGCAACAGACGGUGAGUGGAUAGCCUUACAAAUACAGAAUGAGUUUGAGUUUGUGAAAACAGUGGGUGACUUAAAUAAGUCUGCAGUCUACCCUCCCCACACCUGUCCCAGCCAGUGAGAUGCUUUUAAAAAAUAUAAUAAUGGUCAUGUUAAUAAUAA